UACCGUGGUGCAAUUUGGGGCCCGCGAUGAAGACGACGGACGAUGAGUUCGCGGCCAAGUGCUGCGUCUGUGGCACCGCCGCCGACGACGACUCGAACAUCCUUAACACGCGUAUGAAGAUCCUCAUCUCCAAGUGCGGCCAUCGCUACUGCGACCAGUGCGUCAAGCGCGAGUUCCAGCACCACCGCGAGAUCACAUGCGCCAAGCCGGGCUGCGGAAAGCCGAUCAAAAAGUCGCAGCUCCAGGACAAGACCAAGGAGGAGCAGGACUUUGCCAAAGACAUUGCGAUCCGGAAGAAGGUGCUCAAGACGUACAACAAGACGGGCGAGGACUUCAAUACGCUCGACGAGUACAACGCGUACCUCGAGGAAGUCGAGGACCUCAUCUUUGCGCUCUUGAGCGACGACGAGGCCGAGAAGGAGGCGGCCCAAAAGAAGUGGAAGCAGUACAAGAUGGAGAACGCCAUCUUGAUCAACGCCAACGAUGCAAAGAAAGCCGAGGAAGAGCGCCGCGUCCUCCACAUGAUCGAGGAGCAGCAGCGCGUCGCCGACGAGCGCCGGCGCCUGCAGCAGAAGGAAGACAACAAGUUCCAGGUCGACCUCGAGCGCCAAAAGGCGCAGCUCAUGGAAGUCGCGCUCGGCGAACGCGACGAGAACGACGUCGACGAGAUCCUCAACCCGACGACGGCCGUGCCCAUCGACCAGCCGCUCACGGCCGAGAUGGAAGCCGCCAUGAUGGGCUUUCAACCCGGUGUCUUUGGCGGGCCGCAGCCGAUCCCUGUGCACGGCGGCAAGCGUGGCCCGGGCGCCGCCGACUCGCGCCAGCUCCGCGCCGAGCAACAGCGCGCAGGCGGCUACGACCCGCAGGCCGCGUCCAUUCGCAACGUCGACGAAGCGUGGUGCGGUGCCUUCUUCCAGCUCGGCGUCGUCUAAGCGUUCUGUUUCCCUAUUCUCUAAGUAUACCCAUCUCUCUUCC